AAUUCGUAGCGAAAGCAAUGAAGGCAGGCCGCGACCCUACAAAAUACAAAUUUUAGGAGAAACCAGCAAAUAUCCAAGUCUAAAUUCAUUCUACCGUCGUGGCUCUCACGAAAGAGUCGUCGUCCGUGUGCUCCGAAAACGAAAUAGCCAAGUAGAUAAGUAAAUAAAUAAAAAAAAAUGUUGGAGAUGUCUAGCAGAGCCGAACCCGAGUGCAAGCCGUGAGUGAAAAGUUGCACUAUUCGUGGUUGCCGCCGAGCUUGAGAUUUUCUCCGUCUACAGCUUUUCGUUGCGCGAUGUUCUUUUGAAAUCUAGGAAAGUUUCCUCCAUUGUGAAGUGUGACGCGGAGAAAAGAUUCUUUUUGCAGCCGCGGUCCUCGCAUGCUUUGUCGCCGCGGCGCUCGCCUUUGUGUACGUUUUCGUGUUGAAGGCAAAAAUAACCAGUGCAGAACCAGCAAAUUGCGCCGCCCCAUGAGGUUUAUUCUCAGUAUUUUCUGUUUUCACAUAACUUAGUGCAGCGUCUGGCAGCUUAUUGUCGGAAGUGAGUGUCCGCCAAGGAUCAGUUGGGAAAAGCUCAGAAGGGAAAAUUACUUGGGGCGGGGGGGCAAUCGUGAGGAAAACGCGUCACGAAUCGAUGUCGUUUCCGUCGCACGAUCGGUGCGAUCAUUCUCGUCGGCUGUGUCUCGUAGCUUGUGUGCAAAACUGUGCUUGGCGAAAAACAUUCAAGUGGUCGUUGCGUUCGCGGUUUGAUUAUACCCUGAAACCGACCACGACCAUAGAGCAAGACAUUCCCAGGACCACGCCGACCUAGUGGCACUAGUGAAAUCUAGCUGGGUCAACAGCUAUCCGUAAAAUUGUUGUGCUGUCACCAAUGUCAUCGCAAUUGUGGACUGUUCCGUCGCCGUCGCCGUGCCGACUUUUUCACGACGUUCCCAGCCUUGGCAUCAUCGACUUGGUCAUGUCCUUUCUUAGCUUGCGGGUAGAAAAAUUGCGUCAAGUUGCUUUGCAUUCGUGCCAGUGAUUCCUUGAGUGUGCUUUACAUUAUAUAUUUCUCAGCCGUCCGACCGGUCGGGACAGGCCCUCGAUCUUUCUUAAGUACCUAGAAAAUAAACAGUUGCGUGUACGAGUUUGCUUAUAGAUCAUGCCGUCGUGUGUGGUAAGUGUAGUUUAAGCUUGAAACUUGCCGUCGCCUCCGUUCCCGCUGGGGGUUGCAAAGGGCAUCCAGGAUAAGUGUCAAAUAACAAAGUGUCAUUUUGCACCCGUCGUGGGCAUCCGUCAUUCGCGAGCGUUGUCAUCCUUUGCCGGUGCGUUCUGAAAUCGGUAUCAUACUUACAUCGUAGCAGUUGUCGUUGCUCGAUUACUUGUGCUAUCGCCAUACAUCAUUCGCCUGUUUUGUGCGCGGGUUCUAUGACACAGUUCUCUUCUGAUGGAUGAAAUUCCUGGAAAUAGUAACGGCAACAGUAACAAUCCAAACGGAAAUGGUGGAUCAGCAACUGCUGCUGUAGUAGCAGCUGCGGCAGCCGCAGCCGCAUCUGGUCUUGUAGGCGGGGGUACAUCAGCAGCGGCCGCAAAAAAUCAACUCGAGCAGCUAAAUACAAUGCGCGAAGCACUUUUCUCACAAGAUGGAUGGGGUUGUCAGCAUGUUAAUCAGGAUACAAACUGGGACGUGCCCGGCUCACCGGAACCGCCGAAAGGUGAUCGUGUUGGCGAUUCGGGUGGCCCGCCAAUGUGGAAACCGGCCAUAAACAAUGGUACUGACCUAUGGGAGGCGAAUCUCCGAAACGGUGGCCAGCCACCACCGCAACCUGUACAGAAAACCCCAUGGGGUCACACUCCAUCUACGAAUUUGGGCGGUACGUGGGGCGAAGAUGAUGAUGGAUCGGAUACGAGCAAUGUUUGGACCGGGACCCCAACGAAUCCAGCAGCUCCGCAGUGGUCCCAACCAGCUGGCAGCCUUUGGCCCCCAACGGCUCCGGGUGCCGUGGCGGUUGCAACGGCUCAGCAACAAAAGAAGGAAUCUGACUGGGGUGGCUCGAUUGGAACCGGUGCAACAGGAGCAGCCGGGGCUGGAGCCAACGCUUGGGGUGAUCCACGCGACAUUCGCGGUGGUGCACAAAUCGACAUUCGAAAUGCGGAUCCUCGCGAUCUUCGUCCUGCCAGUGAUCUCCGUCUCAUUGAUCCUCGAAGUGAAGCAAUACGUGAUAUGCGCGGCGAUCCGCGUGGAAUUUCUGGAAGGUUGAAUGGUACAUCUGAAAUGUGGGGCCAGCAUCACACUCUCACCCACGGCCAGAUCUCAAUGAAUAAAAUGGUAGCACCAGUCGCAGCAGUCGCUGCGGUCACAGCAGCAGCGGCAGGAGGAGGUGCCGGUCCUGGAGCCGUGGUUGGAGCCAACAACUCGCAAUGGGCCAUGAGCCAACCCAUGGGAGGCGGCGGUCCUAAAGAUAUCGCAAUGUCAGGUGGGAAACCUACGGGAUGGGAAGAACCCUCGCCGCCUGCCCAACGUCGUAACAUUCCCAACUACGACGAUGGAACCUCGUUGUGGGGUCAGCAGCAACGCGUGGCAGCUGGUGUCUCCCACUGGAAGGACAUUGAUAUCUCGCGUAACCACAUGAUUCGCGGCUCUUUAGGGACCCAAGGAGGAGCGCCGCUAGUUGGAACGAAUACGUCCACUCCGAUUCCUCAGGCUGUCGGGGGUGGGCGACAUGGGAAUAGUGGUCCCAAUAGCCAAAUUAAGCCUGAAACAAGUAUGUGGAGCCAUGCUGGGCAAGCCAGUCGGAACAACGGAUCUUGGGGUGACGAUCAACACGGUGUCGGUGGUGGUGGUGGAACUGGAUCGAAUUGGGAAGAGAAGUCUGCAGCAGCUGCUGCCGCUGCUGCGGCGGCCAUGGGUAACAUCGGCGGAGGGGGAGUUGGAGUCAACGUGGGCGGCGUUGGAUGGAAUGACGCUUCUGCUUCGAAUGCGUGGAAGAACCAAAACAAAUCGCAGAUUUGGCCUGACUCCGAUUUAUCAAACGAAUGGGGAGGGCCUCACGGGGUUGGCGGCGGCAUCAACAAGCCGCCUCAAUCUAAAUUAGGUGGCAUGAGUAGCGAGUUGAUCAGAAAUAGCAAACAGUAUCGCUUACUUGUGGAUAUGGGCUACAAGAAGGAGGACGUUGAGUUGACGUUGCGCGCGACCAACUUGAAUGUGGACGAGGCUCAUGAACUGUUGAGUUCCCGCCAAAGUGUUACUGGAGGUAGUUUGGACUCGUGGCGACGCAGUGAUGACCCUCCAUUUGUUGUUGGCAGUGGCGGAGGGACGGGAGGAGCUUUUGAUCAUUCAAAUGCUUUUGCAGGGCGAUUCCCUGGCACAGGUCCGCAGCCAGCAAUGCAAUUCCCACCGGUACAAAAAUAUUUAAAUCAGGGUUCGCAUGUUUCGGGGGCGCCAAAUCUGUCGGGCGGAUUUGGCGGUGGUGGCCAAGGCGGUGUUGGUCAAGGAGCCGGGGGUGCAGGUAGCCAAGGAGGCGUUAGCGCUGGUGGUGUUGGGGCUGGUUCUCAUAAUUCAGGUCAGCCUUCUACGCAACACUUGCGCAUGCUCGUUCAACAAAUUCAAAUGGCUGUACAGGGUGGAUAUCUAAGCGGACAAAUUCUAAAUCAACCAUUAGCACCAGCUACACUUAUUUUACUUAAUCAGUUGCUUAGCAACAUUAAACAUUUACAAGGGGCACAAACCAGUAUGCAACGUAAUCCUAUGAAUAGUAUGCAAAUACCUUUGUCUAUCGCUAAGUAUAAGCAACAGAUAGCCAAUUUACAAAAUCAAAUUAAUGCACAACAAACGAUGUAUGUUAAGCAGCAACAGCAACAGGCUGCGGCUGCUGCCGCGGCCACAUCUCAUGUUGGUAGUGCAAAUAGUGAAUAUUUGAGAGGACAACACGAUGCCAUAAGUGCUCUUCAAUCAAACUUUUCUGAGAUAUCUCUAAAUAAGACUGGAGCAUUUCAAGGUGCACCAAAUCCACAAUCGAGACUGAACCAAUGGAAGCUUCCAGUAUUAGAGAAGGAAGCUACUUCCGAUAGUACUGAUUUUUCCCGAGCACCUGGUCCAACGGUUAAAUCGACAUUAUCGACAGCAACAAAUGCCAAUAAUAAUAUAGGCACACUAGGCCUACAAGGCGAUGUUAGUACAUGGUCUUCCGCACGUAAUCUCACUGACGGUUGGCCGUCCGAUGCAAAUAAUGAAAAUGAGAAUAAAGACUGGCCAGCUGCACAGCCAUCACCUGCAACUGCAUUUACUGAUCUAGUUCCGGAAUUUGAGCCUGGCAAACCUUGGAAGGGUAACCAAAUAAAAACUAUUGAAGAUGAUCCUAGUAUAACACCGGGUAGCGUAGCUAGAAGUCCACUAUCAAUAAAUCCAACGGCAAAAGACGUUGAUCUCUUUGCAAAUAGUAGUAAAACUUCACCGACUGAUUUACCGCCAUUAAGUUUAUCAUCGACAACAUGGAGCUUUAAUCCGUCUGGAAAUCAACCAAAUUUCUCAGGUUGGUCCGAUAAUAUUCCACAAUCCAGUGCCACAACGUCUGAACUUUGGGGUACACCAAUGAAUAAGACUUCCCGCGGACCACCACCUGGCCUGGGCUCGAAUAAAUCAAAUGUAGGUUUAGUUGGCCAAGGAGGCGGUGGCGUUGGAUUAAGUGGCGUCAGUCAAGGUUGUGGUGUUAGUGGCAACGGUUCGGUUGUUGGUUCGUCUGCUGGUGUCGGUGGUGUAUCAAAUCCGUCGGUUAGUUCUAAUGGUUGGAUUGGUAGUAGUGUAGGCGGUCGGGUACCAAAUUCGGCAACUGGCGGAGUUCCUGGCGGUUCGGGUGCAUCGGGCAACGCGAACUGGUCCACGGCUAACUCAAACUGGCAUUCAACGUGGCUCCUGUUGAAGAAUCUAACGACUCAGAUCGACGGUUCAACUCUACGUACCCUGUGCAUGCAACACGGGCCCCUACAAAAUUUCCACUUAUAUCUGAAUCAAGGAAUUGCUUUAUGUAAAUACUCGACCCGCGAGGAAGCUAAUAAAGCACAAAUGGCUCUCAACAAUUGCGUUUUGGGCAAUACAACGAUCUGCGCUGAAUCGCCUAACGAAAGUGAAGUUCAAAAUAUUUUACAACAUUUACCAGCUGUCGGUGGCGGCGGACAAUCUCAGUCAGGUGGUUCGGUUGGCAAUAAUAAUGCCGGCGGUGGUGGUGGAAGUAGCGGUAGUGGGGGAAGUGGCGGUUCAUCUUCUGGCGGCGUUGGUGGAAAUGUUAGCGGUGGUGGAUUAGGUGUCCCAUCAGCAGUUAAUGUAUCUGGAGGCGCUGGAGGUCAAUCAUCAUGGCGUCCACAAAAUCAAACUAUACAAUCAAGACCGUCAGAUACGUGGGGUGGUGGGUCGGUAUGGCCUAGCCCAAAUACAACAGCCAACUUAUGGACCUCACCACUUGAUGGCGCAACCGAGCGGGGUACUCCAUCGAAUUUAAAGUCAUUCUUACCAGAAAACCUACUUGAAUUAAAUUAAUAGAUGGAAGAAAAAAUUUUAUUUAGUUUAUAUGAGAAGAUAAAAAAAACAAAGCUACAAAUGAAGAAUGAGUAAUUAGAUAAUAAUAGCGUGGUAUUACGAUAAAACACAAUACUGAAAUUAUAUAUUACCAAUUUUAAGUGUAAUUGCUAAAAAACUAAAUGACAAAGAAGCGAAACACAACAAAUCAUGAUUGAAAUUUAACAGAAAUAAGGUAGUAGGUCUUAAGUGAAUUUCUUAUAUCCGUGAGCAUUAGCUGUACAUAUAUCUAUUUAUAUGUGCAAACUUGGUGUAUAUAUUAAAGUAGAUGUUGCGGAAAGUUCAGGACAUGAUUAGAAAAUCCUAAGACUUUAAACAUGAAAACUUACAACACAAGAGAUGUAACUUGUAAUUUCACAAAACGCUGCAAAAGGUACGAUUCAUGCAUAUGUAUUUAUAUAUGCAUCCGGAUGUGUAUAUGUGACUAUCUAAGAGUACACACCUAUAGAUAUAUAAGUAUCUAUGCAUGAGAGAAAUUAAAUAUAUAUUUUUAUUUAAGUUAACUAAUUAGAUAAGGCGAAUGCAACAAGGUUUUUUUCUAGGAAUACAAAGAUUCAAUGUUUACAAAUCAGAUAUAAAGUGAAAGAAGAAAAAUAAUUAUGCAUGUAAUAUAUAUAAGAAUAUAUAUUAUUGAUGAUAGUCAUCUUUAGGCUAUUAGAAAUUUUACAACUACAACACGUCGUCGUAGUAGUGUGUGAUCUUUAAGCGAAUAAAUAAUAAUUGUAACUGCAACAACAAAAUCCAUAUUCGGGAAACCUUGCUACUGUGUAUUCAAAGUUUAUAUUAUGUAUAGAUUGUAAGUUGAAAAUAAAGUUUUAAGUUCGGGGUGAUCGAAAGAGUAUACAAUAAAAAAAAAAGUAAAAAAAAAAACCAAAACAACACUUAUAAGAUGAAAAACAAACGACUUAUUAUCUGAAAGAUGCAAUCUAAACAAAAGAAUGAAUACGAAAAUCUAUAUAUAUAUAUAUGUAUAUAUAUACAUAUUGAAAUAAAUGAACUAACUGUAUAUUUAUAUUAUAGGUUUAUGACAUGCAUAUGUAUGCACACACACACAUCUCUAGUAAAAAUUGAACCAAAAAAAGAAAAAAUAUAAAAAAACAGGAAAACUAAAAACUCCUUCUUUUAUCAAAAAAAAACUGCAAAACAUACACAAAAACGAAACCUAAAUACGAACGAAACAAGAACCUAAUAAUCAAUACACGUACAUAAUAUAACAAAAUUCUCAUGAAAUUAAAAACAAGCUAGGCUAAAUCGUCUUAUACGUGGUGUGUGUAUUUUCGCUCGGUAUUGAAAAUCAAAAACUAGUAAAGCAAAUGAAUAAUAGAUAAACCAAAAAUCAUCAACACACACACAACAAAAAUUCUUUAGUGAAUUUUAGAAGAAAAAAAAAAGAAAAUCAUUAGCGCUAGAUAAAACUCUAAACAUAAUAAAUUAACAUUAAAACUGCAAGCCAAUAAAGAGCAACUCGUUGCCGCAGCCACUACUGUAAUUGCAGCGUCGUCAUGAUGUUUGGUUGUAUAAUGUGAAUGGUGAUCGUGUCUCAUGCUUAAUCGUGAUUUCCAACUCGCCAGUCCUAUCAGUUUUCUUUCUCUGAGCUUUCCUUCUCUUUAUAAUUUAGAUGCACAUCAUAUGAACGUCAGCGAAACGGAGAUACGAACAAACAAAAAAAAAAAUAAAAAGAAGGAAGUAGGACAAUUGGUUAAAUUAAAACAGUAAAUCGCAAAAAAAAUUGUAGAUAUUAGAUUUUAGGGAGUGUUUUUCUUUUGUUUCUUUCUGGAAGCAUAAGAAGCUGAAUUCGUAGAGGAAAACGAAAUACAUGUGAAGUCAACAUCUAAUUGUAAGGGGGAUGAAGUUGAAAAGCUAACUAUGGACGACUUCCUUUAUUUUUUUUUUUUAAUUAUUGCUCUAAGGGAAUGCCGACCCAAAAUGAAAACGCGAAAGUGUUGAAACAACUAUCAUGAAAAUCCAACAAACCUGAAAAAUGAAAAAAAAUCAACCACUCAAAGAAACAAAUAUAAAAACUUGAAAACUUAACUGUGAGAGAUAAAACAUAAUAAUCGUAUGUACCCUUGUAUUUUUUGUAUGUAAGGUCAAUUAUUUUUUAUUUUUGUUUUUAGGUCGUAAGUAAGUGAAAAAAUAUAUAUUACACAUACA